ACCCCAUACACAACUUACUCUGGGAUGUCCACCGCAGCCUCGUCGUCAUUGCCAACGACGCGCUCGAGAACCCUGCUCUUUAUCUCAUUUCGUGAUUCAAGAGCACCCUCAACACGUUUCUCUCGUUUACACUCAUCCUAUUCAGAUGAUCCAUAUGAUGAAAAUGAAACACUCAUACAUCCUGGCUCCGCACUUGACUCUCAGUUGCCUCCCAAAUGGGUUGAUCUUUCCGACCAAGUCGAAGAGAUCUUGGGCGGAACACAAGCUAAAAUCGUCGCUUUAGAGAAGCUCCAUGCAAAGCAUGUUCUCCCCGGCUUUGCGGACCGGACGGCAGAGGAGCGAGAAAUAGAAGCAGCGACCACCGAAAUAACCAAAGAUUUUCGACGAUGCCACACUUUAAUUCAACGUAUCGGUACUGAACAGGACCACUCAUUUCCCCCUUCAACUCAGAAAACUCAGUUUGAAGUCCUCGCGGCCAAAAAUGUGCAACGAGGCUUAGCCGUGAGGGUCCAAGAACUCAGCUCAACCUUCCGCAAGAAACAGCGUGUCUAUAUGGAACGUCUGCAAGGGCACGCGAUUAAGAAUCAAGAUCUCCUGAUUGCGUCUGGGACUAUUUCCUCAAGAGGAUCCGAGGGCUUGACUGCUGUUGAUGAAGACGUAGAAGCUGCGCAAGCUCAGAUUCUAGAUAACACGCAGGAUCAUGAUCUCCGUUCCCGCGACCGGGAGCUGACAGAAAUUGCAAACUCAAUAGCUUCUCUAGCCGAAUUAUUCAAGGAUUUGUCCGUCCUUGUGAUAGAUCAGGGGACCCUUCUUGACAGUAUUGAGUAUAACAUCGAACAGACUUCGGUAGAAAUGGCCGAAGCUGUGAAAGAGUUAAACCAUGCAACACGAUACCAGAAGAAUACGGGCCGUCGGAAACUUAUUUUCCUUCUCCUAUUGAUCAUUUUUGGGUUAAUCGUUGUCCUGAUCUUCAAACCUCGUCGGUCAUCCUCUUUAGGUUCUCCACCUACUCCAGAUUCAGUGAUCUCCACGGAUACUUUUGUUUCACGUUACUUUCAUUCACGGACAUCCCUCAGUCUUUACGUACCGAAUAAUACUUGAUUGAGGGUCUGGUUACCCUGAACGGCAUGAUUUGUGGACAAUCUGCAUCAGUCAGUCGAUGAAAGCGGACGCAUACAGUGCUGGGCGUCAAAGGUCAGCUUAUAUUAAAACUUGCCCCUUUCGUGCCAACCGUCACCCCUGACGUUUCAUUUGGUUAUCACGAGGUCUCGCCACUUUGAGCACUUGGCCCUCAUCGAUAUGAGAUCAGUAGCGCUUUUGGUGAGGCUGCGUGCCUUGUCUGGCGAGUUCAUUGACACUAUUACUCUCUCUAACACAUUUCAAUUCUUAAUAGGUAAUGCUGCCCCAAGCAUCUGGGAAGGUACAGUCUGC